CAGGACACAAGGGGAGAGAGAGAGCCCCUGGCUUGUGAGGGGGUGGCAAGAGGCUGGGCAGCCCACUCCCCUCCUGGCCCACCUACCCAGCUCCGCCGGGGGGAGGGCUCCCCACGCGGCAGCACGGUGCAGGCCCAGCUCCUGCGGUCAGGGUAGCAGGGGUCAACAGCACCCUACCCCCAGGAAGGAAGGUCAGGCCCAAAGGCAGGACACGGACACACCCCGGCCCAUCCAGGUCCUGGGCAGACUGGCAGCAAAGCUGACAGGGGCCAGGAGGCAGGGCUGCACGCCCUCCCACCAUGCCCACCUUCCAGUCUGGGGGCCAGGUACCCCAAGCUGGGCUGGAAGAUCCUCCCAGGGUCCUGGGCGAGUGCUCCGACAGAAGAGGGAAGGGGAAGCCAUCCAGGCUGGAGGGACCCGCUAGCGUGGAGGCAAGAGAAGGGGCACAAGACAGGGCAGCUACUGCCCAGAAGAGAGCCCAGGGGAGGAGGUCAGGAGCCCAGAUGGGGGCUCCCCGGAGAGAGAACAAAGAGCAGCUGCUCAGGCAGGGCCAGCUCAGGCGGGGGCUGGGCAUUCUGCAAGCCCCUCAGUGUGCUCAGCACCUGACCAAAAAGGGCUGGCUGGAGCUCAUGCCGGCAGCCCCGAGGCCAGGCCCCCAGGAACAUCAGAAGGUGGCAGAGCCGCCAAAAAGAGAAGCCCUGGGGCUCCCUGGAGUAGGGAGAUAACAGGCCCAGCAGGCCCAGAGCUCUGCUUGGACAGACACUGCCUCUGCGCUAGGGCCAGCCGGGGCCAAGGGACCUUUCCACGCCCUCAGGGAUGGGCUUCCCACCCAGGCCCCCUCUGCACGGUGUGCGAGGCGGGGGGGGGGGGGUGUCCCACAGCCACACGCGGUGGGCCACCAGGAGGAGCUGAGCCCUGGGGAAGACCACAGACCCAGGAGAGGCAAAGAAGAUGGGGCCCUGGCUCUAACUUCUCCAUAAACAGGGGCUCCCCUCACCCUCACAAGGCCCCCAUAACCGGGGGCCAGUUUCCCUCUUUAGACACCACCUGGCCUAGUAUAUAGACCAGGCCUCCCCUUCCCUCCGGGAGGAGCCUAAAAGUAAAGUCCGCAUAUCCCCCAAACUAGGAAUCCCCCCCCCAAUGGGACUGCCCUCCUCAAACUGGGCUCCCAACAGUAUACCUCAGGCCCCUGCUGAGACCGAGGACCCCAAAAGUGGAACUAUGUCCCCUCUUGCACCAGGCAGCCCGAAAGGAAGCCACAUGCCUCUCGGGUCACAACUCCCCAAAAGGGAGCCUAUCUCCUCUUCAGUGUGGGCUUCCCAACAGGUGGGCCAGGAGCCCUCUCCCUGACACCCCCCGCCCCCGACAGACGCUUCCCAGAGAAGACACUGGGUCUGUCUGGCCACACCUCCUGUGAGAGCAGCACACGCAGGGAUGAGCCCCGGAAGAGCCAUGCUUCCCCUCAGACUUCCUGGAGCAGGGCCUGGCCUCCUCCUCAGCUGGCCUCUGGGAGAUGGAGGAGCAUCUCCUCCCCAGACUCCUCCGCCCAAGGCAGCCAAGGCCUCAGGCGCCGCCUCUGCCUCCUCCCGGGCCCACUCUGGGCUCUGCACGGCCCUACGCGCUGCGGACAGCCGGGCCCAGCGGACCAAGUCCUCGCCCUCCCUCUCCUGCUUGCCUGGUACCCCGGGCCCCACCCCAUCCAACCUCCCUCCAGGGUCUGACGGGGCCGGGGGCCAGGACUCUUCUGCCCUCGGGGGCCUGACCCCUUCUCAACACAGGAGCCCAGGCCGGCCCGGAGACCAGCAAAGCCGGCGGCCCAGGCAUGGCACCUUGUGCGUGCGGGCGACAUGGAUGCCGCUGGGCCUGGCGUGGGCAGCUGCCGUCCUGGCCUGCUGCCCUCCGCAGUUACCUGGCCGGUUAGUUUUAAGGCGGGACCUCAGAGCAGAUGGAGGCCUCCCCAGGGGCGGUCCCGGCUGGGUGCCCGCCCACACCACUGGCCCCGCCACGCCUGGCGCUGUGCUGCGCUCGUCCCGAGCUGGCGGGCAGGGCCGGCUGGGGGAGCAAGGUCCCCAGCGCGGGCUGCACUGCCCCCCUCUAGCCUGACUAAGGACAUGAGCCCGGAAGAAGUGAGCAUU